UUUGCAGAGCGCAGUUUGUUCCCCUUCCAGUCCGGAGCUGUGUUUGCAAAUACCUCGAACACAAGCGAGAGAAAGGGGGCACUGACGGACUCUUGCUGCUGAGAACGAGCGCGGCGGCUUCGCUGACAGCAAGAGGGACACUUUUGCUUUUUUCUUACGGAAGAAAAAUCCAUCCAAGUGCAGCUACACCUUUUCUAAGAGCUCGGGAAAACCAUGGAUGUUCUACCUAUGUGCAGCAUAUUUCAAGAACUUCAGAUAGUUCACGACACGGGCUAUUUCUCCGCCUUACCGUCACUGGAGGAGUACUGGCAGCAGACAUGCUUGGAGCUGGAGCGCUACCUGCAGAGCGAGCCUUACGUCUCCACCACUGACCUCAAGUUUGACGGACAGGAGGACCUCUGGGGCAAGUUCAUCCUGGCCUGCGGGGACAAGACCAAGGCGGAGAACGACCCAAAGAUGGUGGUGGCCCACGAGGAGGACAAUCAGGACAGCCAAAUCUUGGACACCAACAGUGUGAAUUCCGACGCCAGCAGCGAAGCUUCAGACAGUUCAGAGGAGCUCUCGCCCACACACAGCUUUACCUCCAACCCACUGGGCACUGUCUUGGUUGGCUCUGGACCUUUUAGCCCCUCCAUCAUUAGCACGCCGCCGUCCUCGCCGGAGGCCCACUCCGAGCCUGCGACCAGCGGCUGGGUCGGCGCACACGCCGAGUUUCACUUGCCUGUCAAAAUCAGGAGCGGGGGAAUGGCAAAGACUUCGGAUAAGACGGGACUCAUCUGCGAUGACGCAUCUCCUGAAGGCAGGAGAAGAGUACACAGGUGUCUCUUCAACGGGUGUCGCAAGGUUUACACAAAGAGCUCCCACCUGAAAGCACACCAGCGUACUCAUACGGGUGAGAAGCCGUAUAGGUGUUCGUGGGAGGGCUGCGAGUGGCGUUUUGCACGAAGCGACGAGUUGACCAGACACUUCAGGAAGCACACUGGGGCAAAGCCAUUUAAAUGCAGUCACUGUGACAGAUGUUUCUCCAGGUCUGACCAUCUGGCUCUUCACAUGAAGAGACACAUCUAAAGCAGGGUGAGCACCAACCAAGCAACACAGCGGAGGGUUUUAAAAGGAGGGAGCGAGAGUGAGAGAGGAAAAAAAAAACACAAAUAGACAAACGCGUCUCCCGACGAGUCUCUUGGUUGAACUGUCCAGAGCAGAGCGGGUGGAGUGUGUUCCAGCCAAAGCAUGCUGUUUUGCACCAUACUGAAUCCCUGUGCCUCCGGGACCUCUCUUUGGAGAAAGGCGCUCUGAAGGUUGUCUUUUGCAACACGAGGACAAAAUCAUGGAUGAGAGACAGAGAAAGAGUUUUUUUUUAAAUGAGAAGGAUUAAAACAUGAAAUAAGGAGUGGGAAAAAAAAAAACAUGGAUGAAUGAUUUUGUGUGUAUGGUGCAUGAUGUUUUUUGGAGGGGGGAGGAAAUCUCCCGGACGGCAGAUACACUGGUACUUUUGGAACUGUCUGAGGUGAGCAUGUGUGCACUGUGAAUGUCUGCGAUUGGCUGGCCGGCCCCUACGGAGCGACAGAGGAGUGGAUAUAAGUGGACGAGAACGAUGCGGAGUGGAGGAAGGUCAGGGGCUGGUGCCAAUGUUGCUGUGGACUGAAUGGGUUUCAGGGGAAACGCUCUACUUCCCCUCGUGGUUUGUGCGGCGGCGGAGCCGGGCUGCGGCCCCCCCGCUCCCCACCUCCCCGCACUUGGAGGAUCUCUAAAGCAGAACCUCAAUUUGACCAGACUUCCACCACCGUCUGGUCGGUGACCCAGGGUCCCAAACUGUCCCUGGUCACAGAAUGACAGGAUAAUUUUUCUUUCUGGUGUUUUUUGGUGCAGCUACUAAAUGUGCAAUGUGUUAUGUAGCCUGGUUUAUUUUUGUUUCUUUUUUUUUUUGUUUUGUUUUUUGUUUUUUACAUGCUACAAAGCUCAUUUGUAGUCCAAUUGUAUAAGCUGUGUGCUUAGAGGUAUACCACAACUUUACUAUAACUUCAGUAUCAUAGACAGGUGUUGCAUGGUUCUAGGGUUUCUUCAUUUCAUGUUUCCACUAUUACCAGGACUGCAAGUAGUUUCCAUAAAAGUGCAGCUAAAAUGCGAACGGUUAGAUGUUACAAUAUUGUACAUAAAGCCUUGAUGAUUCCCUCUUUUAUUUAACUCCAUCCCUCAUUCCUGUUUUCAUCCGGUUGGAGAGUUCACCACUGCUUGCCGUUCCCUUCUCCUUCAUCCUUAACCUUGGGGUUCCGAUUUUUUUUUUUUUUUUUGUACUUGGUUUCUUAUCCAAUAAUGCACUGUUGACCUUAAUGGUGCCUUAUGCAAGUGGCUGCGCCCCUGCGGUGGCCGGAGGCGCUCUCCUUCUCUCUCGGGAGGCAGUCACGUUUUGUGGUAUGGGUGAUUUGACAAGCUGGAUCAAGGCUCAAUUUGGACUUUUGCACCUCUGUCAUUGUCUGAUACUUAAAAGUACCUUAGUUUGUCUAUCACCUUUUGUGUAAUUCCGAUUGUGUAAAUACGACAAAUGUUUAGAGCACUUAAAUUCAUGUUUUAAAAACUACUGUGUAGUAUGUACGGCUGUCCAUCACUCACAGAUACAAGUGUCGCAGAAAUGCGCAGCGUCGCUUUAGUCCCCGCCUUCUUGUCCCUGCGAGAAGAAAAGUCUAAAGAUUUAUUGUAAUUAACGGUCUGCAGUUGGAGCGGCCUCUCCGUGUUCUGCCUCGCUGUAAUGAAUCGCUAAAGGCUUUGUUGGCAUGGAAUCUGUCACAGACUGCUGACGGUGUAGCUUGUGUAUUGACCUGUCUAGGGAGCGUGGUCUUAGCCAACAGGAGAGGGUGAGGCCAACGGGGUCUCGAGGGAAGAGCCAAAAUGUCAACCUUCGAUUCCGCAUUCUGGAAAUGGAGCAGAAUGGAAAAACUUGAAGGUUUUCAUGGCUGAAUCUGAUUACCACAGUUCAGCGACCUUCCUUGUCGGAAUCCAAUGUUGCACCGCGGCUCGCGACGACGUAUGGAUUUCAGAUCAGCCGGGGAAAGAGACAGGAUGACUACAAACUUGAAACUGCUUGCUGCGAUGGAUUUGUUGAUUGCUAGCGAUGGCUUUUGUGCACAGAGGCUGGUAACAUCUAUUCUGAGCAAAACAGCCGCCAAUAACUGUACCGAGGGGUAAUUGAGCCUUGAUUUAGCUCCGUGUUUGCUCGCAUCUUCACACUCUUCAUCAUCUCUCUUCAUCUCACCUCCUUGUCUGUCACACACACACCAACACACACACACACACAGCUUUGUUCUCAACUGAAUCUUUGUAUUAAAAGAAAAAAAAAACAACAACUUUUGUAAAAUUGUUAUGUUUAUGCUUUAUGAAAUUUUUAUUUGAAAAUUGUUUUGCAAAAUUGUUAUAUUUCUGUAUGAAUGUAUUUUUUAUUGGAAUAAUAAGAAAUUCUUAUCUGAC